UUAACCGGCUGGAGUUGUUUUGGCCUCUGAAUUUUUGCUUUUUUGUUAAUAUUUUUUACCCAAUUAUUAAUUAAAAAUCUAAUAAAUAAUAAUUUUAAAGUGAUUAUAAAAAUGUCCUCGUUAUCGGGUAUUCGAGUUCAUAUGUUCAAUGAGAAUUUUCUCAAUGAAACCGAACAAGAUGCAAACUCUGUUCUCACCGAACUUGAUAAAGGUUUAAGAUCUACAAAAAUUGGUGUUCAGUGUGAAGCUAUUGUAAGGUUUCCUCGUUUAUUUGAAAAGUAUCCAUUUCCAAUUUUGAUAAAUUCUUCAUUCUUGAAAUUGGCCGAAUUUUUCUGGAGUGGGUCAAAUCUACUUCGUUUUUGGGUCCUAAAAGUCUGUCAACAAAGUGAAAAUCACUUGGAUAAAAUUCUCAACAUUGAUGCAUUUGUUAAAAGAAUUUUUAUGGUUACGCAUUCGAAUGAUCCUGUUGCAAGAGCCUUGACACUCCGGACCUUGGGAGCAGUAUCUAGAGUUAUACCCGAAAAGCAACAAGUGCAUCAUUCUAUUCGAAGAGCUUUGGAUAGUCAUGAUACGGUGGAAGUAGAAGCUGCUAUUUAUGCAAGCGGACAAUUUGCUGCUCAGUCAAAGACAUUUGCUAUUAGCAUGUGUUCGAAAAUAGCAACAAUGAUUGAAUCUCUUCAAACUCCGGUCAGUAUGAAACUUCAAUUGAUUCCUGUGCUGCGUCAUAUGCAUCACGAUGCAAACACUGCAGCCAUGGUUAAAGAUCUUUGCUUGAAUCUUCUUCCUAAAUAUCCUGCUGAAAGUUUUGUUAUUGCCAUUUUAGACUCACUGACUAAAUUAUCGAGUCAAACUCUAAUUGGAAUUCCAGACCAAGUAGAUUUACUCCUUACAUACUUGCAAGAUCCUCGCAAGAAAGUACGUUGUCAGGUGUUAAAGUCAUUAACAACAUUGGCAACGCAAAAAAGUGCCCAUUCAUGGCCUAAAGGAUCACUUAAGAAUCUGAUAACCAAAGCAAAAACUUGUGUUGAAGGUACUGAACAGACUUUGGUGCUGACUGUAGUUCUUACUCUCACCGAAUGUCCCCUGACUUGCCAUGCUCUGCUCAAUGAAGAACAAAGUUUGAUAAUUGAGCUUUGUUCGUCUUGUUUGAAUUUAGAAAAUCAUACAGCAGCUAGUCAAGCACUGGCCAUUUUGAAAGGAUUGGUACUCUAUUGUCAUGCAAAUUCAACUCCACCACCAGAAGUGAUUAUGGAACUUAUCAACAUACAUUUGGAGAGUCUUAUUUUUUCUUCAGUUGGCAACGAAAAUCAUACCAAAGAGUUAAAGAAAUAUCUUAUCUGUGGAGUUAAAAUAUCAGAAGCAAACAAUGAAUUUGGUGAAGAUUUUAUUGAAAUGAUUGGUGACCUAUUAAGUGAUGAAAUAACUUAUCCAAAAAAGCACUCGGAACUCUUAUGCGAAACAUUAGCUGCUUUGUCAUCAAAAUUUCAACUUCGUAAAUUUACGGCUCCAAAAACAGAUGCUAUGGACACUGACGAAGAUCCACCUACCGAGGUAGUGAAUCCAGUUGCUGAACGUCUUCCACAAAUCUUGAAAAAAUUGAAUUCAAUUGUUGAUAGCGACUGCAAGGACGAAUCAAGAAUCAUUGAAAUUCUUUCAGCAGUAAUGCUUCAGUCACUAAUCGGAUGUUUCAUACCCAGCGUUGUUCUUGAUACUUUUGAUCGUAUUGCCGCCGUUAGCAAUUGCUGGACUUUGUAUCGAAUCGGUAGAUCAGCUUCUAGGUAUGGACAACAUUUCCUAGCUGCGAGAUUCUUUUUACGAAUUUCAAACUAUGCAUCAAUGGAUAAAUUCCAUUUCUUUCUAAUCGGUGUUUCUCAAAUGGCCAAAGCUGAAUGUAUUCUCAAUUAUGGAUUAGAAUAUGAAACAAUGUGCCAGCACUACAACCUUUGUGAUCCAAAAUACACUAACAAUCAGUUGAAAUUGAUUCCACUCAUAGAACGUUUAGAUAUGGCCAUAAGCUUGUACUGGGAAGCACUUGCUAGCUUGCGAGCAAGCUCGUCUGCUACAAGUCCACUUACAUUCCAGUUGGAAUUUAUUAAACUUCGAGCUCAAUUUCUACAAACAUUAUUUAGUGUUGUGACGGCUAAAAAUGCUCAAACAAUUAUUCCACCUCCGGCAAUUGCUGCAAGUUUGGCACAAAAUUCACGUGAUUAUUUGCAAAAGUUCGGACACGUAACUAAUCAGUUGAGAAAAGUUGUUAAAUCAAUUAAAGGAUGUGAGGAUUCAUAUUUGAAAUUGUAUAAAUCUGCAUUUGAUGCUGAUCCCUCUACACUUGAAUUCCUGGAAUUAACAGAAUAUCAAUGUGCUUUGUUUGGAAACAUUAUUGAAGGCGUUUGCUAUGCAUCACCAUCAGAGCCACCUUUGUCAGUGAUGAAUGGACAAUAUCCAGAGACUAAAUAUCUCAUAAACACAUGCGCCAAAAUGGAAAUCUUUGCUCAGAACUUACCGCAAGAGCCAGGAAACGCUAAAACAAUUACCAACAGGCACAUGGAUGUUAUAACUAGCGAGAUAGAACUGAUAGUUAAAACUCCAAUAUGUAUGCCGAGAUAUUUCUUUCAAACACUUCAAGCUACGCAAAUAAAACUAUCAGUAAGUCCACAGCCACGAGCUGCUGGCGAGCAUAUAAUUGUUCAGUCAGGUAGUAACUUGGUUAUAAAAGUGGAAGGAGUUAUUCAGCAUUAUGGAAAAUGUCCAAGCUUAUUUAGAUCUGUGGACUCUGUCCAACUAAGUUUAACAUCACAAUUAAUGACUCCACGCGUUAACACAGAUUGUAUAAAACCGACCAGCGAUACAGUUACAUUAACCCAGACAGUGAAGCCUCAAAGAGAUUUCUUAUCUGGUAGUUUUCUUCUGCCUAUUUCAAUUGGUGGUCAAUGGAAUGUAACACUGGAAACAUUUGUUAUUGAUGAAGUUGGAAUAACAUGGAGUACAGGACCAAAGAGCUCUAUGAUUGUUCGCGUAUUAGAUGAUCCUAACAAACCACAGCCAGCAUCAACAUCAACUAGCAGUAUUCCAGCUAGGCGGUUUUAGUAUUCAUAAAUAUUGUAUUUAAUAAAUUUUUAUUGCAAUAAAACAAACAUAAAACAUAUAA